AUUGACUUCCGGUUACGUGGUGUUGCAAGUUUUUGCGAGGUGAUAGGCAGCCAAUUGUCUAUUUGCCAGCUGUGACAAUGACUGUGUACUGGGUGGUGAAAUCUUAUCUGGAGGUGACCCAGAGUAAAUUUUGUAAGAAAUCUACACAGUACCCAACACAUUUCACCAUGGUGAGUUUGGUGACCACCUCACAGCUUCUUACCACCAGAUGUCCAGCUGGUCAACAUUUAACAACGAUCUCAACCAAUGCAAAAUGCUGAGACUGGACCAAAAGACUCUAGUUAUCUUCCAUAUUUGAAAAAUCAACACAUUAAAAUCAGCAGCAGCCUCAAUAUGGAUCAGCCUGUGGCCCCAGUGGCUUCCCAGAAUGCUUCCAACAGGAAGUCUCUAACCCUAACACAGAUACUGCUGCUGAACGCUGUGGUGUGCGGGGUGGAGGUCUGUGCCUGUUCAGGGUUCACUUACAUCCCACCUAUGUUAUUGAAAGCAGGUUACACUGAGGAAAACAUGAGUAUUAUACUGGGGAUGGGGCCAUUGCUUGGCUUCUUUUUUGUACCUAUAAUUGGCCGCGCUAGUGACCGUUGUCGGAGUAAAUAUGGACGCCGCCGGCCGUUCAUCCUCGCUCUGGCCGUUUUAAUCAUUGCUUCUCUACUUAUGAUACCAUAUGGAGAUUAUUUUAGUACUGCUUUCCUGGGCAACACACCCCUUAGUAAAUCUGUAUCAUUAGGUAUUCUCACAUUGAGUGUUGUCCUGUUAGACUUUACAAGUCAAGCAUGCUUGACACCCUGUGAGGCACUGCUUUCUGAUGCAUCAAAGGGAACAGACCAGCAAGACCGGGUAUUCAUGGUGUACUCACAGAUGGUCAGUUUGGGCGGAUUCCUCGGCUAUCUCAUCACAGCCAUAGAUUGGAGUGACACUUACAUUGGUAGCUUUUUCGGCACACAAGAAAGGUCUGUGUUUACGUUACUUGUGAUAAUAUUUUUGUUUCUUCUUACUACAACAGUACUAGUAGCACAAGAACAGCCGUUAUCAGUGGCAGAGGAAACUGAGGCUGAGAAUUUAAUCUCAACAGAAGAUUCUGCAAACGUAUCUGUCACAGUGGGCAAUGGAGGUGCAUUUGAAUCCGGGUAUGAAUCAAGUGGCUCGGAAGACGGCCAACAAAGCCCAGCAUCCUAUUCUCCAGGAAAGUCGGGAAGGAAUGGCAAAUCUUUAAAGAAGAAACGCUCUUUAUUUAGGAACCCUUUGAGGGUUUUUCUUUUCUUUAUUAGUCCUUUUCUGUGUGUGGGGCGCUUGAGAAUAUUUACAUAUUUUUAUAAUUUAUUGAAAUUUAUAUGGUUAAAUAUAUACGACAGACUGCCAGAAUCUCUACGCAGAAUGCUUGAUGUUCCGAUAGUGCUACAAAAAUUAGCAAUUGCAGACUUCUUCAGCUGGACUGCGUUGAUGGGCUUUAAUUUAUUUUUCACAGACUUUGUAGGUCAAGCUGUUUAUCAGGGCAACCCAAACGCCCCUGAAAAUUCCUAUCUACGCAAUCGCUAUGACGAAGGAGUGCGCAUGGGCAGCUGGGGCCUGCUGUUUCAUUGUAUAACCUCCACAAGUUAUGCAUUUUUCAUUGAAGGCCUCAUGAAAAAGUACGGUACACGGCAGACAUACCUGUGUGGGAUGUGUGUAUUUUCUAUGUCCAUGUUAGGUAUGGUGAUUUACAAACACAUCAUCUUUGUGAACCUGAUGGCGUCAAUGACGGGAUUCGCCUACGCCACGUUAACCACCAUUCCUUUUAUCCUGGUCACAAAAUAUCAUUCUAACAAGGAGGUUUACUUUGCUGACACAGUGACUCCAGGUCCGCACGGCCUACCUGGGGGUCAGGGUGUGGCCACGCGUGGUAUUGCCACAGAUAUGGCCGUACUAGACAGUUCCUACUUUCUAUCCCAGGUUAUACUGUCGGCCAUCAUGGGUUACAUUGUCCACAUCACAGGGACAGUCACGUCCUACAUUCUGACUGCUGGUGCAAUGGGAGUAAUCAGUUGUUUCCUAGUAAUGCAGAUAGUCACCAGCAAACAGGAAAUGCAGCGUCAGGUUUACAGGCACCGGGACAGGAGACGUACCAUUAACUUGUAGGGGAGACAGGAGGUGGUGUACCAUUAACAUGUAAAGCAUAAGAGACGUACCAUUAACUUGUAGGGGAGACAGGAGGUGAUGUACCAUUAACAUGUAAAGUAUAAGAGACGUACCAUUAACUUGUAGGGGAGACAGGAGGUGGUGUACCAUUAACAUGUAGAGCCAUACUAUUUACUUGUAGGGGGGAUAGGAAGUUGAAGGGUGACAUUAAAGUAGUCUACUUCAGGGGGAGGUAAUGCAGGUCGACAGGCAGCUCACAUGGUCUGUAGCUUUAUAAAUAGAGGCAAACUACUUCAGGGGAGAAAAUUGGGAUAAACAGUCAGGUAGUCAGUAGAUGCCAAUUUAUGGCCCUUAGCAAGUUGUCAUUGUAGCCAGAAUCAUUCUUCAAGUAAUAUACUGAUAGGGUCAGUAAACUGGUUCAUUUCUAUAAACUACACAAUUGUAAGUUAUUGAUAAUGUUCAGAUUUGUAAGAAACAGUGCUAGAAAUGCAUUUACACAUUUUAAACCCUAACACAUUGUUUAGAGUGGAUCUGUGUUACCCCUAAUGUUCUGUUUGUGUGUGUAUCCUGGAAAGCCCCGUGUCUAUGGCACAGCAGGUCUUCUUUUGCAGUACUCCGAGUAUUAAUGUGUAGAAGCUUUAUAUGCGAGUUUUUAAUGUAAUUAUGGUUGUUGUUGCUUUCUCUUUUUAAAAUAUUUUAUUCUAUGCAUUUGUUUUACAAAAACUUUACAACAAGAUCUAUGUAUUCAAACACCACAAUACGUAUUCAGAAGUCUAGAACAAAUUGAGAAUAUCACUUCUUUUAAUAUUGAAAUCGGGCAAUAAUUUGUUUCCCUUUUCUGAUUGUUUUUUCAUCCUAUUUCACCUUUUUUUUUGGUCAAAAUUUAAAAUUGUAGGAUUCAAUUGCAAUAUUCACACGUGUCCAUGCAUUCAAUAAUCUGAAAUGUGAUAACCCGGGAAGUGUGUUUUGUUUCCAGUUUAAGAUGAAUAUGAGGACAGACGGGAAUGAUUUAUUAAAUCAACAAGGCUUCCAGGAGUUCAAAAAUAAUGUCAAUUUGACAGAAUACUAGUGUUUGUAACCAUUUUCUUUAGAUUGGUAAAUAUGGAUUGUAGAAAGUUUAUGUAGCAUAAUGAGCAAAAUGUGAUGACUGAUACAGUAUGUACUGUGAAACUUUCAUCAGAGAUUUAUGCAGAACAACCGGUUUGUCCCACAGACUUUGAAGGGCUUCUUUAAUUAUGAAUAACGAGUAGGCAGGGUAGUGAUGUUUGGCCAAUAGCAUGCUGGUUUGCAGUAAUGCUUUUAAUGAGAAUAGCUUGUCAUGAUUGCUUAAAUACUCUGUGAGCAAUACAGGUCCUCUAGGCCUCUUGUUAAAUUGUUUUCUACAGUCUCCUAAUGUUUUUGAAAAAUCAGAAAAAGUCUUCCUAAAAAAAACAGGUGACUUGGCAUGUAUAAACAAUUAUAAUCUCUUUGUCAGUCUAAUCAUUAUGUAGUGUGUAGAAAAAUAAAAUGGGUCCGUGAAAAUUUUAUUCUAUAACAAAUUAUGCCUAUAGCAAACUAAUUUCAUAGGUCCUCUGAGGUUCUUAACACUUUCACCCCUAUGUAACUUUAAUAAACUCUACCAUGCAUUGAUCUGGGUAAGUCCAUAAUGGUCUUGUGAAAGGGUAUAGUAACAUGUUUUACCAUAUUAUAUACAUAAAGAAAAAAACAAUCACACCUGGUCUAUGCUUCCUCGUUUGCAAUCAAUCUAAAUGUUAUAUUCUUAUGGAGUUGUGUAUCAAUGGUUUAUAAUUAUCUAUCAAUUAUGUUCUUUUAUAAACAAGUUAUUAUUUUAUCACUCAUUAUACAUCACCGUGCUGAAAUUUACUUCUGAACAUUUAAAGGAAUUGUGUGUCCUAGUUUUAAUGUGUUGGUUAUUAUUAGCUCACCUGGUCCGAAGGACCAAGGUGAGCUUAUGCCAUACCGUGGCGUCCGUCAUCCGUAUGUCUGUCCGUACGUCAAUUUCUUUAAACGACUUCUUCUUCUUAACUAACCACUGAUGGGAAUUUAACUAAAUUUGACUGGAAGCAU